GCCACCUGCGACAGGUGGAGCGCGCGACACCCGCCACUCGGCCAUGUCCGCGGAGGGCGCGGGGCCCGGGCCGGGGUCCGAGGCGGGGCCGCUCUGCCCGGAGCACGGCCAGGCUCUGAGCUGGUUCUGCGACUCCGAGGGGCGGCCCGUGUGCGCCGCCUGCGCGGAGCUGGGCGGCCGCUGCCGGGGACACCGCAUCCGCCGGGCGGGGGAGCGCGCCGAGGAGCUGCGGAACAAGAUCGUGGACCAGUGUGAGAGGCUGCAGUUACAGAGUGCUGGCAUCACCAAAUAUGUGGCCGAGGUCCUGCCAGGGAAGAACCAGAGAGCAGUGACCACGGCCAGUGCAGCGAGGGAACUGGUUAUCCAGCGGUUGAGUCUGGUGAGGAGUCUGUGCGAGAGUGAGGAGCAGCGCUUGCUGGAGCAGGUGCACGGUGAAGAGGAGCGGGCCCACCAGAGUAUCCUGACGCAGCGUGUGCACUGGGCUGAGGCGCUGCAGAAGCUUGACACCAUCCGCAGCAGCCUGGUGGGCAUGCUCACCCAUCUGGAUGACCUCCAGCUGAUUCAGAAGGAGCAGGAGAUUUUCGAGUGGACUGAAGAAGCAGAGGGCAUUUUGGAUCCCCAGGAGUCAGAAAAGUUAAACUUUAACGAGAAGUGCACUCGGAGUCCACUACUGACUCAACUCUGGGCAACAGCGGUUCUUGGGUCCCUCUCAGGCACAGAGGACAUCCGUAUCGAUGAGAGGACCGUCAGCCCCUUCCUGCAAUUGUCAGACGAUCGACGGACCCUGACCUUCAGCGCCAAGAAGUCCAAGGCCUGUGUAGAUGGCCCAGAACGCUUUGACCACUGGCCCAAUGCCCUGGCUGCCACCUCCUUCCAGGCCGGGCUCCACGCCUGGACGGUGAAUGUUCAGAACAGUUGUGCCUAUAAGGUGGGCGUGGCUUCAGGCCAGCUGCCCCGCAAGGGUUCUGGCAGUGACUGCCGUCUGGGCCACAAUGCUUUCUCCUGGGUCUUCUCUCGCUAUGACCAGCAGUUCUGUUUCUUGCACAACGGGCAGCACGAGGCCCUGGGGCUGCUGCAGUGCCCAGCUCGGCUGGGCGUGCUGCUGGACUUGCAGGCCCGGGAGCUGCUCUUCUACGAUCCAGCCUCGGGCACAGUGCUCUACACCCACCACGCACCCUUCCCUGGGCCCCUCUUCCCAGUCUUUGCUGUGGCUGACCAGACCAUUUCCAUCGUCCACUGACCUCUGGCCGCAGGAAGGCCAGGUCCACCUCCCACCACCCUUUCGGGCCAUGUUUCUAUCCCCUGUCCUUUUCCCAAACGAUGUGUGUGGUUUUCUAAGGGAAACAGGACCCAGGCCCAAUGGGCAGCUUUAGGAGGGGUGGGGGUCUGUUUCAGAUCUAGGCCCAACCUCUGAAUACUGGGUAUCUAUGUGGAACCUGCCACUCCCUGGGCCCCAGUCUCCUAAAUCCACCAGGCACCUGCCCCUCUGAGGGUAUCUUGUUCACCCCUUUGUCUCUGGCAUCCAGCAUGGCGCCUGGUGAGUAGUGAGCAUGUGAUAAAUACAUGGCAAGUGAGUGGAUGGAAGGAUGGGUGGGUGAGGGGAUGGAUAUGGUAGUCUCUGGAAAGGCUCUGCCUUUCAGGCCCCUUUUUUAUACGUGUAGAAGUGGUUCUCUGGCAGAGAAGCCUGUGGCUGAAGCUUCUUCAUGUCCUAAGUUCAGUGCUUCUCAAUCUUUUUCAUGACAUGGCACGUAGAGAAGGUAUUUUUUCUAGCACACAUGGACAACCUGAAAGGCUGCUCUGGCCUGGGGGCUACUGCCUUACCCCAGGUCCUGCCUCGGCCCUUGGAAGACCAAGGGACCACGUCUCCAGGUGACCUGACUGCAACACCGCCAUUGGGAUGUCUCAAACCUGGCACUGAGCUCCAGCCUGUGCCCACCAAGCACAGGGAUUAACUCUGUCAUCCUCCUGCGGUCGACGAGUUCUCCCACCUGACAGCCCCCUCUGACAUAAACUGGAGACCUGGGGUGAGGGCUUCCAGCCAGAAGGAGCUGAAGGGGUAAGAGGGUGCCAGGCUUAGGGCACCUGGACAUUAUUAAAGGUCUUAAAAGGUUUAA